AUGUCUGUGGACGAGUCACUUAGCAGAAAAGUCAAGGAUAUCGCUGCCGGAUUCGUCGGCGGCGCCACACAGGUCCUCAUUGGCCAGCCAUUCGACUUGGUGAAAAUCAGGCUCCAAACGAGCCCCAGCGGUGCAACCUCCACCUCCAUCGUCAGACUGGUGCUCCAGAAAGAGGGCCCAUUGGCGUUCUACAAAGGCACCUUGGCGCCGCUUUUCGGCGUGGGCGCGUGUGUUUCGCUUCAAUUCUACGGCUUUCUCGAAACAAAGCGCCAGUUGCUCAAGCGCCUGGGCAAUCUGGAGCUUCUGCUUUGGCCUCAAACGUAUCUAGCAGGUGCGGCCGCAGGAUUGGUAAAUUCGCCUGUCACCGCGCCAGUGGAACAACUCAGAAUCCUCAGCCAGGCGUCCACGAAAUCCACCUCGCUCCAGGAAACCGUGCGCGCCAUCUGGCGCCAGCAGGGCACUCGUGGGUUGUACCGUGGCCUUGGAGUCACUGUGGUGCGUGAGUGUCAGGCCUACGGUGUGUGGUUCAUGAGUUACGAGUGGUUGUUGCAGACGGUGGUGAAGCAGCGUGGGUACAAAGGGCGUGACGACGUGACGACUCCCGAAUUGUUGUUAUGUGGUGCCGCAGCGGGCAAUGCCUUGUGGUUGUCGAGUUAUCCGUUGGACGUGAUAAAGAGUAAUGUUCAGACCUUAAUGGCCAAUAAGGCCGCCUUUGUGCUUCCCGUUAGAACGUUUCUUUUCGGCUUCUUGUCACAGUUCAACAAGAAACUCAUAUACCCACCAAACCCUGACCAGAUCACCACCAAGAACAGACUCUUCCCCACAUACAUUGAGAACUCCACCGAGCUCGGUAACAUCAUCUUGACGAAAGAGCCAUUGUUGCUCAACUUCACCAUGCCAGGUGACGAAAAGUGCAAUAAAGUGACGCAGUCGUUGUUCGACAUCCUCAGCGAUAAGUCCAAGUACCCAUUGGCAGUGGAUAAACUGGUCUCUUUGGCCAACAUCGCCUGUGACGGACCAGGUGGAAGAGAGCUUCAGCAAAACUAUGCUGUGAGCAAGAUCCCUACGGUCGUGUUGUUGAAGAAACAGAUGGUGGUCGAUAGAUUCAUUCCAUCAGACGUCGGUCGCUCCGAGGCUGAGCUCUCCGAAUGGAUCAAAUCAUCUUACUAA